AUGGAUUUCUUUCUUAAUCAUUCUACUCUUCUAAUUUGCCUAAUAUUGAUCUUGCCUGCUCUAUGCUAUAGCCAAACUUUUAUAUCAAAAGCAGGUUAUUAUAACACGGAUGAUGGCAUGGGUAAUCCAAAAGGAGUUUGUGGAUAUGAAGAAUAUGGAAGAACAGUAAACAAUGGAGAAGUUUGUGCAGUGUCUAGGCGUCUAUUCAAGAAUGGUGCUGGUUGUGGUGGAUGCUAUCAGGUAAGGUGCAGGAAUAAGGGAUUCUGUUCUCAAGAGGGAGUAAAAGUAAUGCCUACUGACUAUGGAGAAGGGCAUGGAACAGACUUUACACUAAGCUACAGAGCAUUUGCAAAAUUGGCCAAACAAUCAAGCAUGGCUCAGGUCCUUUUUGCAAAAGGGACAGUUGAUGUAGAAUACAGAAGAAUUUCUUGCAGAUAUGGAGCAAAUCUCAUGCUUAAAAUCCAUGAACGUAGCACGUAUCCUGAUUACAUUACACUAGUUGUUAUGAACCAAGGUGGUGCUAGUGACAUCCUUGCACUCGAAGUCUACGAGGAGGAAACAAGUUCACGGAUAUCAAUGAGAAGGGCAUAUGGUGCAGUUUGGGAUUUAUCAAAUCCACCAAAUGGAGACCUUCAAGUGAGGUUCCUAAUUAGUGCUGCAGCUCAGACAAAAUGGGUGCAAUCUGAAAUUGUUGUAAUUCCAGCUGAAUGGACUGUUGGUGAAACUAUUGAGACUGACGUUCAACUUUCUUAG